UGGAAUUUUAGUACAAGGGCGGAGAGGUUUGCCGGAACUUAUUGAAAUGUUUUAAGAGAGUUCUGUUUCGAUUGGGAUCUAGUCUUGUAAGGCUCUGUAGAGUUUAGGGUUUGAGAUCCAGAAGAUGAAGGCGGUCCCUUUUGGAUUAGCUGCGGCUUUGCUUGUUCUUUGCGUUUCUAUUGUUCAGCUCCGAGCAUCAGACGACGAGAUCUUUUACGAGUCCUUCGACGAGAGUUUUGAAGGCCGCUGGAUCGUGUCCGAGAAGGACGAUUAUCAAGGUGUCUGGAAGCAUUCUAAGAGUGAGGGACAUGAUGAUUACGGGCUUCUAGUAAGUGAGAAGGCAAGAAAAUACGCCAUUGUAAAAGAGCUCGAUGAGCCAGUGAGUCUCAAGGAUGGAACUGUGGUUCUCCAGUUUGAGACUCGCCUUCAAAAUGGGCUUGAAUGUGGUGGUGCCUAUCUGAAAUACCUGCGGCCCCAAGACGUGGGAUGGAAAGCUAAGGAGUUCAAUAAUGAGUCUCCUUACUCUAUCAUGUUCGGACCUGACAAGUGUGGGGCUACGAACAAGGUGCACUUCAUCUUGAAGCAUAAGAAUCCUGAGACUGGGGAGUACGUUGAGCAUCAUCUGAAGAAUCCUCCUUCUGUUCCAGCUGACAAAUUGUCUCAUGUUUACACUGCCAUUUUGGAAUCUGGCGAUGAUGUGCGCAUUCUCAUUGAUGGGAGCGAGAAGAAGAAGGGAAGUUUCCUUUCUGAGGAUGAUUUUGAGCCUCCACUAAUUCCUGCCAAGACAAUCCCUGAUCCAGACGACAAGAAACCCGAGGACUGGGAUGAGAGAGCGAAAAUUCCUGAUCCUGAUGCAGUGAAGCCAGAUGACUGGGACGAGGAUGCACCAGUGGAAAUUGAAGAUGUGGAAGCUGAAAAGCCUGAAGGAUGGCUAGAUGAUGAGCCUGAGGAGAUAGAUGAUCCUGAGGCCACCAAGCCAGAAGAUUGGGAUGACGAAGAGGAUGGUGAAUGGGAGGCCCCAAAGAUUGAUAACCCAAAAUGUGAGGCAGGUCCGGGUUGUGGUGAAUGGAAGAGGCCAAUGAAGAGGAAUCCUGCAUACAAGGGUAAGUGGCACGCCCCAGAAAUUGACAAUCCUAACUACAAGGGAAUUUGGAAGCCUAGGCAGAUCCCUAACCCUAGCUACUUUGAAAUUGGAAAACCCGACUUCGAUCCUGUGGCUGCAAUUGGAAUUGAGAUCUGGACCAUGCAAGAUGGUAUCUUGUUCGACAACAUUUUGAUCGCCAAAGAUGAGAAAAUUGCAAGUGCAUACCGAGAUGCCAAAUGGAAGCCGAAGUUCGAAGUCGAGAAGGAGAAAGAGAAGGCCGAGGAAGCAGCAGCUGCUGGGCCAGAUGGUCUUGCAGAAUAUCAGAAGAAAGUAUUCGAUGUCCUCUACAAGAUCGCAGACAUCCCCUUCCUAAGUCAAUACAAGUCAAAAAUACUUGAUGUCAUUGAAAAGGGAGAGAAGCAACCAAACCUCACCAUAGGCAUCAUAGUCUCUGUAUUGGUGGUUUUCUUCACCAUCUUAUUGAGGAUAGUCUUCGGAGGGAAGAAGACAAAGCAACUGGCAAAGAAAGAGGAGACGAGCGCGGUAGCUGCAGCAGAGAGUUCCAACGAUCAAAGUGGAAGUGGAGAAAAGGAAGGAGGAGAAGAGAAGGAAGUGGCUGGUGCUGGUGCUGGUGCUGCUGCACCCCCUCGUCGACGGUCUGGUGCUAGACGAGAUAAUUAGAGAGGGAAGAAUCGAAUGUUUUUACAAUUUGCGGGUUCUGAAUGCAAAAGUUGAAAGAAAGUAGCGCUGUGAUUGUGUAAGCAAAGCUGAUUCUUCCAUUUUUUUUCGGUAGUCAGUAGUCAGUCAUGAAAGCAUACUAUUUUGAAGUCUAGAUACGAAGAUGUUGUGUUGGGUUGGUUGGGGGUUGUGGAACUUGGGUGUGGGCUCGACAGGAAGGAUUUUGAGGACAAAAUUGUUUUGGAUUACCAUUUUUUUCCUUCAAUUUUAUACCUCGCCUCUCAUUUUA